GCCAAGCAUAGCAUUUGGACAUCCUUGGUGGUUGUUGGGGGAGCGUACUGUGGGAUUUUCAUGUCCUUACCUUGAAUUUUGAAAAUGACAUAAGCUCCUCAGGAUGUACAAAGAGAUAUGUCUUUGGUUACUCCUGUCAGGUUUUAUUUCAUCUCAGAUCCGUACUGAUGCCCUGAGUCAAGAAGAAACUUUUGUUACUGGAGGCCAAACCUUUCCAGUUCCUGUUUUCUCGUGGAGCACAUCUGCGGGAACUUCUGCUAAUAAACCUACUAAUACUGCAGAAGCUUCUUCUGCUCCUGCACCCCUGUUCACCACAGGUCCUGUUUUCUCACAGAACACAACUGAGGCAGGUUCUACUGAUACACCUAUUAAAGCUACAGAAGCUUCUUCUGCUCCUAUACCCCUGCUCACCACAGAAGCAAGACAACAGAUUGCCCACAUUUUCUCUGAACCAGAGAUAACAGCCAUUGUUUUCGGGGUGAUGGCUGUUAUUGUUGGAAUUAUACUCUCCGUUGCUCACGGUGUUCGCUUACUGAGAAGGAAAACAUCACACGAAUCAAAAUCGCAAUCGUCAGUUGACACAGGUGCUACUUUACAUUCUGUUGAAACAGGAAAUCCAGAAUAAAAACCAAUGAUAAUCUGCUCACCGCACCAAAUUUUGGAAGAAGUCUAAGAAGGCAGGAAGACUUCAGUCAAGUAAAAAAUGAACAUGUAAAUUGGACAUUCCAAUAAAUUUUAUACCUGCCUAAGCUGUACAAUUUCAGGGUGCAGGUUUCAUCAUAAUGGGUUCCAGUGACUCAACAAUAAAAAAAAUGUGUCUGCUCAUUAAUAUUUCAAGAUUAAAAAAAAAAAACUACUAUUUCCUUGCAGGCUUGCUUUUGUGUUUUGGCAUAAUUUUUAUAAUUCAUUAAUUGCAAAUUGUAAUCCAAAACUGCACCUGGUCCCACCAUCCAUAGUUUUUGAAGACUGACUUAUUCUAUUGUAUUGUAUUUUCAAGGUUGUAUUUAGGUGAACUCUAACCUAGAUUUUCGUUUUGAACUUUGGAGUCUGUUUUCAUUUUGUUCUAAAUAAACUAAGAGGACCCUGAAGUCCUGUCAUUUCUUUCAUUGCUGAAUAGGCAAGAUAUGCUAUUUUGCUAGUAAUGAUGAUAUUUCACUCACAGUAAUAAAGCUUAACGAGCCCUGGUGGUGCAGUGAUUAAAGCCCUUGACUGAUAACCUAAAGGUCAGCAGUUUGAACCCACCAGGUGCUCCACAGGAGAAAGAUGCAACAGUCUGCUCUUGUAAAGAUUACAGCCUUGAAAGUCCUAUGGGGGCAGUUCCACUCUGUCCUACAGGGUCACUACGAGUCAGAAUUGACUCGACAGCAAUGUGUUAAUAAAGCUUAUGCUUGAAAAUCCCGUGUGUGUGUGUGUGUGUGUGUGUGUGUGUGUGUCCAAACAAAAAAAAUCCACACUCAUUGCCUUUGAGUUGAUUCCAACUCAUAGCUACCCUAUAGGACAAAGUAGAACUACCCCAUAGGGUUGCCAAGCAGCUGCUGGUAGAUUCGGACUGCCGACAGCAGCCGUAGCUCUUAAUCACUACACCAACAGGGCUCCAUAUAUAUACAAGUAUUAUUGCAUCUAUAUUCAUCAUUUAAUUGCAUAAAUCAAAACAAAAUUUUUUUCCCUUCAAAUAGUGAGAUGUUACAUAUGUUUGGCAGUAGAGGAUCAACUCCUUCAGGACAUUGACUGAUGUGUUGUGUCCUACUGAAAGAAUUAUUUACAUAAGUGCUCAGGGUAUCCUGAGAAAGCAAAGAAUUCAUAACCUUCCCUUACAGAAGAAACUAAGUAGCGAUGACUGCAACAAGAUAUGCAAACUUACAUGCAGGUGAAUAUUUUAAUAAGUCGCUUUGUGUUCUCAAUUAAACUUCCUAAUCUAUCUGGUCCCAUUUUCUUUUCUAUUAACAAAACUUUGGAAAUAAGUCCAAAUUAUAUAAAAGAAAUUUCUAUAUGUAUGAGUCUAAAACUGUGAAGCUAUAGAAUACCCUCCACUCAAUUGUAGUAAAACUUAAAAAGCAGUAUUUAAACAAGAAAUUACCUUCCUGUGAUACUCUAUUUCCAAUUUCAUAUGAAUCCAUGUGGCUUUCCAUUGUCAUGUAAUAAUUAAUAAUACUAUUCACAUACUUGGGUCUGGCAGUUUAUAUUUAUUUUUUUAUUGUUAUAAAAGUAUAAUUAACACAACAUUUGCAAAUUUAAAAAUCUAAAUAUCUUCUUGCAAGUUCAGAGAAUAUUUUUGCAAUAGCUAAAUUGGCUAUUUAAAAUAAGAAAUGAGAACAAAAAACAACAGCACAUCGCUGUUGAUGUAUGUUUUAAAACAUAUAUAACAGUAUUAUUAGGUUAAUUUAAUCAAAUGAAUUAUCCAGGCACCAACAAAAUUUUAAAUGUAGGUCUUUUCAAUAAAAUAUAUUGAACCAAGAGAGAACAUGAGACUAAGCUUGUCUCUAAAAUAAUUUACAAGUCAAAGGCUUUAAGAUAUUAGAAUGAAUGUGUCAUGUCAACAAGAACUAGAGAAUUUGGAGAAUAAUUAAAGUAUGAAUUGCUUCAACCUCCUUGAACUUUUCUAGGCAUUUUUGCUGUGCUUCUACCUAUGUACUUUGCACAUUUAAAUUUACUGCUUGUGGGAAGGAAUAACCUUUACUCUCUUCUUAUUUUCAUAAUUAAAUCAGAAAAAAAAGGUAAUAAAAAAAUGACCCCAUGGAGGUUCAUGUUGAAUUUCUUAAAGUCUGACACUGGAAUAGGAGUGGAUGAACCUGAUUAGAAAAUGUAUCUCCAUUCCUGGGUGCUCGUGUUGGUGUAAGCAAAAGCUUUUAACAGGAUAUUGGGCUGUUACUUGCUCUUUAGCAUGCUAUGGGAGUACUGGUGGUUCAGUGGUAGGCUUCUCACCUUCCACAUCAGAGAGCUAAGUUCAAUUCCUGGCCACCUUUGAUCUGCCAGUGGAGGCUUGCAUGUUGCUAUGAAGUUGAACAAAUUUCAAUAGAGCUCCCAGACCUUCAUGGAAGAAGAAGAAAGGCCUCGCAAUCUACUUCCAAAAAUCCCCCAAUAAAAA